UCCUUUUGUAGGUGUGACCGCCAGCCACACCACCUUUGCCAUGCAUGCUCUGCUGGUUGACCACUACAUAAAAGGGGCCUUUUAUCCCCGAGGGGGUUCCAGUGAAAUCGCUUUCCACACCAUCCCUGUGAUUCAGCGGGCUGGGGGUGCUGUCUUGACGAGGGCCCCUGUGCAGAGCAUCUUGCUAGACUCAGCUGGGAAAGCCUGCGGUGUCACUGUGAAGAAGGGUCAGGAGCUGGUGAACAUCCAUUGCCCCAUCGUGAUCUCCAACGCAGGAUUAUUCAACACCUAUGAGUACUUGUUGCCAGAGAAGGCCCGCUGUCUGCCAGGUGUGAAGCGGCAGCUGGGGAUGGUGCGGCCCGGCUUGAGCAUGUUCUCUGUCUUCAUCUGCCUCCGGGGCACCAAGAAGGACCUGGGGCUGCCGUCUACCAACUACUACAUUUAUUUUGACACAGACAUGGACACGGCGAUGGAGCACUACCUCUCUCUGCCUGCGGACAAGGCUGUAGAGCACAUGCCCGUUCUCUUCAUUGCUUUCCCGUCGGCCAAGGACCCGUCGUGGGAGGACCGGUUUUCAGGCCGCUCCACAGGGGUCGUGCUGGUGCCCACCUCCUAUGAGUGGUUCGAGGAGUGGCGGGACGAGCCCCAGGGAAAGCGGAGCAGCGGCUACGAGACCCUCAAGAGCUCCUUUGUUGAAGCCGCUCUGUCGGUCGUCCUGAAGCUGUUCCCACAGCUGGAGGGGAAGGUGGAGAGUGUGACUGGAGGGUCGCCGUUGACCAGUCAGUUCUACCUGGCAGCUCCCCGGGGGGCCUGCUACGGGGCUGACCACGACCUGGGCCGCCUGCAUCCUGGUGCGAUGGCCUCCAUGAGGGCCCAGAGCCCCAUCCCCAACCUCUACCUGACAGGCCAGGAUGUCUUCACCUGUGGGCUGAUGGGAGCCCUGCAAGGGGCCCUGCUGUGCAGCAGCGCCAUCCUGAAGCGGAACCUGUACUCAGAUCUUCAGAAGCUUGGCUCAAGGGUCCAGGCACAGAAGAAGAAUUAGUUUGGUCAGGGAUGAGUCAGAGGAAAUUUGUCCAGUGCUCUGGCACAGUCCCUGACUUACCCAUGUCUUUAUGCAUUAGCUCCUCGAUCACGUUAAGCACUCGUUUUUGAUUUCUGAAUAAGAGGUCCGACACACAAGUGUAGCAUAGAUGGCGCUUUUUUUUUUUUGGCUCUGCUGCACGGCAUGUGGGACCUUACCCCGACCAGGGAUUGAAGUCCGUGCCCUCUGCAGUGGGAGUGCAGAGUCUUAACCACUGGACCGUCAGGGAAGUCCCUAGAUGGUGAUUCUUAAACUGAAGCUCUUCCAGCCAGGCAGGUGGUGAUCUUACAUACCUUUUAUAACAUGCUGUCUCUCUCUACGAAAGGCCCAGCAUGGGCUACUGACUUGGGUGACUUUAAUGGUUCAUCAAGCAGCGCUCUGUAUCCCCCACCCACACCUCCUAACUCUGAGCCAUCAAACCAAAUAUUCUUUUGUCAGGUGGCUGGAACCCGUGAGAGUGUGGGUCGGCUGAAGCAGGGUGGUCCCAUUGGACCGAGGCUUCUCCUCCCAGUCCCCCCUAGUGCCUUUUCGCGGGAGUUCUACGCAGUGGAGAGAGGGUGCCUUUUGAGCAUGGUUUGCGUUGUAGUUCCAUAGGUUCAGAGGCUCCAGAUCCCAUUUUUCUGGUUCCACUGGCUUUCAGCGGGUGCGGAAACGCCUGUGGUGAUAGGGUCCAUGUGGACGUGGGGGCAGGGGGCUGACAGGACGCAUUAGUCAGCAAGGUGUAUGUUACAGAAGAACAUCCAGUGCGCAUGCAGCCAGGGCCUAGGCUCGUCUUCCUUAUGAUCGGGGUUAAAUUGGGUUCUCACCGUGCCAGCACCAAGAUACCCUCCCAGACCUCAGGGCCUGAGCCUCAAGACAGCUUCCUAAAAUACACCACAGCAGGACGGGGGCGUCCGCAGUCAGGGCAGGGGCCUGGAAAGACAACUUCACUGGGGUUGAUGCAGGUGGAGAGAGCUUUCAAGCCAAGGGUACAGCAAAGGACAAGCCCUGAGAGGUAACGAGUGUAUUAUGACAAGAAGCCCAGCUACUCCCAACCUAGGACAAGGGCUGCCUGGUGAGGAGGAGGAGCGAGGUGGGCAGUCAGUCAGUCAGUCAGAACGUGGAAAAUUACAGAACGUGUGCGAAACCUGGGAAUGCGUUUCCAGUGUAUUGGUACUUACACGGGGAUCGGGUGGGAAGGUGAGUGAAGGCUAAAGGUUAAAAAAAAAAAUGACCUUGCACUUACGUUAGGCCUUAUUUUAAUCAAUUUCAAUACAGUACUAACAAAUUUAUUAAGGGGGAAUUAAGAGGUACAAUAUAAUCAAUAAUACUGAAAUAACUUUGUAUGGUGACAGAUGGUUACUAGACUUACUGUGAUCAAUUUGUAAUGUAUACAAAUGUCGCAUCACUAUGUUGUAUACCUGAAACUAAUAUAAUGUUGUAUAUCGACUGCUUUUUCAAAAAAAGGAGAAAAAUUAAAUUUAAUGAUUUUAGAGCUUUAACGUUUGAAAUUUAUUUUGG